AUGGGCUGCGGACAGUCGAGCGGAAGGCCGCCGCCGCCAUCCACUGAGUUGAAAAAGGCGUCGUUUCGAGCGUCAUCAUCGCAGAUCAACGUCAUUCAGCAGCAAAACCAACCGCCGCGGCCAACGGACCAUCGAAAAUCGCAACGAAAGAGUCGGAAACGCGCGCCAUCUCCUCAACCGCAGCUUACCAUCAAGUCGGCGAUCCUCAUCCAAAAAUGGUAUCGACGAUGUGUGGCGCGAUUGGAGGCGCGACGGCGUGCCACAUGGCAAAUAUUCACCGCGUUGGAGUAUUCCGGCGAGCAGGAUCAAUUGAAGCUGUAUGACUUUUUCGCUGAUGUCAUUCGAGCAAUGAACAAUGAGAACGGAAGUAAUGACGACGGACGCGAUUCGCCGCUUCUCAGCGCUCUAUCGCAGUACGCCAAGCCAUCGGCAUCAGACGUCGACGGCGAGACAAUCAAACGAAUGCUGGAAGAGACCGACUAUAAGCAAUUCGAGGUCGAUCGAAAUUACAAGGGUCCGACGCUCAGUUUGCCGCUGACGAAAGCGCAAGUGGCGACGAUGAUCGAGGCGUUCAAAGUGAACAAGGUGCUCCAUCCGAAGUUCGUGUUGAUGAUACUGCACGAGGCGCGCAAAAUCUUCAAGGGCCUUCCGGCGGUGACGCGAUUGUCGACGUCGAUAUCGAAUCAGGUGACGAUUUGCGGCGAUCUUCACGGCAAAUUCGACGACUUGUGCAUCAUUCUCUACAAAAACGGCUAUCCGUCCGUCGACAAUCCCUACAUUUUCAACGGCGAUUUCGUCGAUCGCGGCGGCCAAUCGAUCGAGGUGCUGUGCGUGCUGUUCGCGCUCGUCGUCAUCGAUCCGAUGGCGAUCUAUUUGAAUCGUGGCAAUCACGAGGAUCACAUCAUGAAUUUGCGCUACGGUUUCAUCAAAGAGCUCUCGACGAAAUAUCGCGAUCUGUCGACGCCGAUAACGCGUCUCCUCGAAGACGUCUUCUCGUGGCUGCCGAUCGCGUGCAUCGUCGACCGCGACAUCUUCGUCGUCCACGGCGGCAUUUCGGAUCAGACCGACGUCGACAAACUCGACAAAAUACCGCGUCAUCGAUUCCAGUCGGUGUUGCGGCCGCCGAACGAGAAGGGCGUCGGCGGCGGCGGCGGCGAGAACUCGGUGAGCAUCGACGAGUGGAAGCAGAUGCUCGACAUCCUUUGGAGCGAUCCGAAACAGAACAAAGGCUGCUGGCCGAACGUGUUUCGCGGUGGCGGCUCGUACUUCGGCGCCGACGUCACCGCCUCGUUUUUGGAGAAGCACGGCUUCCGGCUGGUUGUGCGAUCGCACGAAUGCAAAUUCGAGGGCUACGAGUUCACACACAACAACACAUGUCUUACGGUAUUCUCGGCGUCGAACUACUAUGAAACUGGCAGCAAUCGAGGCGCCUACGUGAAAUUCAUUGGCAAAUCGAAACAGCCGCAUUUUGUGCAGUACAUGGCGAGCAAAACGCAUCGGAAAUCGACGUUGCGAGAACGAUUGGGCGUCGUCGAGGAGUCGGCGGUUCGAGAGCUCAAAGAGAAGCUCUCGUCGUUUCACACCGAUUUGCGGCGCGAAUUCGAGGCGGCCGAUUCGAAUCGAACAGGCGAAUUGCCGAUUCCGAAAUGGAGCGAGUGCGUCGAGCGAAUCACCGGCUUGAAUUUGCCGUGGAUCGCGUUGGCGCCGAAAGUGGCGACGCUGAGCGCCGACGGCAAAUUCGUGUUGUACAAAGAGGACACGGUGAUCGCGCAGGUCGGACGAACGCACGCCCAGGAGAAGGGCAUCGUCGAGUCGUUGUAUCGGCACAAGAGCACACUGGAGACGCUGUUUCGCUUCAUGGACAAAGACAACUCGGGACAGAUAUCGAUGCAGGAGUUCAUCGACGCGUGUGAGGCGCUUGGAAAAUACACGAAGAAGCCUCAAGAUUUGAGCUACAUCACCCAAAUCGCCGAAUCGAUCGAUUUCAACAAAGACGGAUUCAUUGAUUUGAACGAGUUGCUCGAAGCGUUCCGUCUCGUCGACCGACCUCAAUAG